GUCCGCUAUGGUUUUCUCUCUCAUUCGUCAAUUGGCCAAUGGCAUGGAGCUGUGCUCUCGGCCAGAAAGACACGUGCGGACCACCCUGGAUGUACCCUUGGCCCCUGAAGAGGCUGCGACUCUGUUGAAGGACGGCAACAGUCGCUUCGUGAGCGGCUGUCCCUGGGGUUCCAAGACCAAGGCGGCAGCGCGUCAGCAGCUGGUGGAGGAUGGCCAGGCACCUCACACCGCUAUCAUCGGUUGCGCCGAUUCCCGUGCGCCGAUCGAAACCAUUUUCGAUGCAAUGCCAGGUGACAUUUUCGUGCUGCGGAACGCCGGAAACACCUGCACGCAUGCAGAGGGAUCCAUGAUUGGCAGUUUGGAGUUCUGCGCCGAAAAGCUCGGCAGCCGUUUGAUUCUGGUCCUUGGCCACACCAAGUGUGGUGCCAUUUAUGGAGCAACCAGGAGCUACUUGGACUCGCUGGCGCAGCCAGGAAAGAAGGAGGCAGCAGGAUGUGCUUUGGAGGGGCUCCUUCAAGAUCUUGGCUCCGUGGCCCAAGAAGCUGCAAAGGAGCUUGGACGUGGGGCCACCUCGGAUGAAGUGGCCGCUCAUGCUGUGAAGGU